CUGUUGCGCGGUCGUGGCGCGUGCUGAACGCGUGAAUCCCACUGGCAGCGCACAGAUCUGUUCAGUGGAAUAACCAGCAGCAGAGACGAACUGAAACUAUUUAGAAAUGUGGAAGUAAAAGCUUUUUGGUUAAAGUUUAGUUAGGUCUAUAUUCAGUGUUGCGUUUGCAGAAUAUUAAAGUUGUGCGCGAAAAGAGUUCCAAACUUCUAUUGAAUCACGUCGGUCUGAACCUUCAACGUGUUUUCCAUUCAGCAUUUGAACCGCCGUCCGUAUUGCUUAGAAAUUGGUUCUGCACCCCGCAGACGCUCGCAUCUCUCUGCCUGUUCUCUCCAGUCUCCUCCCCCAGAGCUGCAGGUAAACGCCUUGUUGUUGAUAUUGGAAACAAGCAGCUGACUGAGGUCCAGAAGCAGAUGUUAAUCCAUACAUGGCGUGGCUUGGGUAUCUGCUUUAUUAAUUUUAGGAAUAGAUUAAGCUCGUCACCUCAGAUUCACUCAUCUGGCUUUGUGUUUCGCUGGCUGAUGUAGACACUAUCGAAUCCAUGAGCAUAAGUAAAUGCACUGAGUUUGUGCUUAUAUGUGUGUGUUUAAUUUCCAUCUUUAAAUUUGGAAUUGUUUAUUUAUAGCAGAGCAACUUUCAGGUGUCUGUAAAGGAGAGUUUUAACUGAUUUGCGCAUAAAUGUGCGUAAUUUUCAAUACAAAAAUACACAGAAUCAUAAACAUGUUUCUUCUACAGUCAAUUAUUACAUUUAUUACCGAUAUACAUACAAAUCUGUGUGGAAAAUGGCGCAAUAUUCACUGUAUUAAACUGCAACAUCGAAGAUAUUAUCUGCUUGUGCUCCGUGUUAAGGAAACACCACUGGUUUAAGUCUGUGCGUAACUAGAUCUCGGAUGAACGUUGAAGCUUUAAUUUUUAAACGCAAUAAAACGCAAUACUAUCACGAAACUCCGCAUACCAGCGUACAGACGCAGGGGCCCAGAGGGAGCAGAUGGUCCAGACAGGACCUCUCAUUUCCCAAAGGCAUCACCCCCCUCCCCCGGGUCACAAUGGCUUGUGUUCCCUCCCCUCUGACGCCCCGGAGCCACAUAAAUACGAGGCUCUCCAGCUCUCCGGCACAUUUCAGCUCAGUCGCUCCAAGAGCAAGUUUCUCCCCUCAGUAAGCACAACAACACGCAGCAAAACGACAUGAGUCCCAGCAUCACCACCGAGGCCAGCCAGCCUCUCCCUGCCAGGUCCACCGUGGCCCAGAGAAAGCAAGCAAACGAACUGAGAAAGACUCUGAAACCCUUGUUGGAAAAAAGAAGACGUGCUCGUAUCAAUGACAGUCUCAAUCAUCUGAAGAGCCUCAUUCUGCCACUUGUUGGCAAAGACAACGCACGUUACUCCAAACUUGAGAAAGCUGAUAUUCUGGAAAUGACUGUCCGCUUCCUCAGAGACCUUCCCUCCUCUCCAGUCAAAGACUCCGCAGACAGCUACAGAGAAGGCUACAAAGCCUGCCUCCAGCGCGUCUCCUCCCUGCUUCCUAAAACCAGCCUGGACCAGGACGCGUGCCAGCGGGUCAACGACUUCGUGCAGCAGUCCAUGUCUGCCACAGUCACCCCAACCUGCCUGAACUGCUGCGCUCAGAGCUCCAGGACUUUCCCUCAGAUCCAGCAGAGACUCCUGAGCCUGAAAUCCAGCUUCAGCUCCAGACCGGAGCUCCAGUCCCGCAGCGCAGUGGCUCCCAGCAGAGCGCAGUCAGGCCCGCAGGCUGGCAGCGCUGCCAUGUGGAGACCCUGGUAGACUAGAAGGACAUUUAUCUCACCUCUUAUUUAUUUAGAGAUGUUUUUAUUGCUAUUUUUUUUAUCUAAAUAAUGUUAGUCUAAGUAUUUAAGAAGAAGACUUGUUGGAGUUGCUUUAUAUUUAUUUAAUUCAGCAUUUGACUCAUUUUGCGUUUAAUGCCAGAAAGCACAGAUCUCAAAGAAACUGAAGUCUAUGAGCUUUUUAAAAAUGCAAUCCUCUUUGGGGUUUCAGAGAUAUGGGUUGUAGAUAACACUUUUGUAAAACCCCAAGGGUUAUUUGGUUUGAGGUUUGCACGAUGGACUUAAAAGUAUUUUGGUCUGUGCAACAGAAUAGUCUGUAAACACUAUGUGUUCUAUAGGAUUCUAUUAAUUCUCUUAUUUGGAAAAACAUGGUUUUGUGACUUUUUGUUGUUUUGUCAUUGACAAAAGAUUUUCAAUAAAUGCACGUUUGAAAAAGAUGGUUGUGUUGUUCUGAUCUUUGGUUUCCUGAAGGAUGUCAGACUGGAAGGAGGGGAUUCUCAGGGAGGUGAAAGGAGUGAAAAAGGCGCGCAAACGCAUGAAGCCACAGGUCAUCCAGGGCUAUUGAUGCUGCUGAGCAGCUGCUCUAUUGUUGCUGAUGUGAGGCGCCUCUCUGGUUGCCGCCAAAUUUGUGGGAAGAAGUUGUGUGACAGGAAACACUGAGAUUACUGCAGCUGGGAGUUACAAAGGAAGGUUUGGCAGAACUCCAAAAACAGUAAUGACAGCAAAUCCUCACAUAUCAACCCAACUAUUACUCUAAUAUAAUAAGAACUAUUACAAUAAAGUUAGGUUAUUUUGCUUUCUGUCUGAAAUUUACCACCUUAACAGAACAAUACUGAAAAUGAAUAUGUUAAUUUCUGGUGUUUAUUCCUCAUCCUUUAUAUAUGAUUGUACAGCCCUCUGCAGCUUUUAUUGCAUAAACGCUUUCCUUUUU